AUGGCCAAAAGGGAGCACAGCCCGGGUAGCUUCGGCCCUCAGCCCGAGGAAGCAAUUCCCUCACCAAGCAGGCCGGGCAUCCUGACAGUCGUACUCCACGAGGGAACGGGCCUCUCAAUACCAGACGGAUACAAGGAAGACGAGAGGCACCCUGAUCAACAAGGGCUGAGCACGCGCAACCCGCCGUAUGCCAUUCUGGACUACAACAAAUCGCAGCAACAGGCGGACUCGUACGAAGGAACGGCAGAGGAUCCCGUGUGGGUGUCAGACAUUGCGCCAUGGCGGCUUGAUGAAGUCACCGGAGAGUAUCACGACGCAAAUUGGAAAUUCGACGUUUGUAGGCCUGCUGAGCUAGCCAUCUAUCUCUAUCUCCGAGAUCCGCAUGCGUCUCCUUGUGUGCGAAGCCAAGACGCCUUUAUCGGUGUGGCGCGGAUCGCUAUAGAUGUCUCUCAAACACCAGCAUCAGACGAGACACCGUCACAAUGGAUAGAUGUGGAGGAUGGUACUGGCCGGCUACGUGUCAGCAUCAAGUAUGAGGACAUGAAGGACACAACGCUGCAAGCGGCCGAUUUCACUGAAGAAUCCAAGAUCCAAAAGGGCAACUCCGGAUACUGUGCUCGGGCCGUCAAGAAAGACACACGUCAAAGAUACACCACAAGGACGAUCCCGGCGGUUCGGCGCCCCCAAAACGUCAACCAUCCGUUCAUCUCGCCGCUCACGCUUGUUUUCCAGUCGCAAGAAGGCUUACACCUCUUGUCUCCCACCAUGUGCGGCGGACACCUCUUCCCUCACCUGCAGAAUCAGCGAAUCUUUAACCUCGAAAGAGCCCGGUUUUACGCCGCCGAGAUUCUUUGCGCACUGGAAUAUCUGCACGAGAGCCGCGGCAUCUACUCAUGGCUGAAGCCCCGAAGCGUCCUUCUAGACUCUCUGGGGCAUGUCGUUCUCUGCGGCUCGGGACUUUAUAAUCCGGGCUUUGAGGGUGAUGAUCGUAGUUGCUACGGAAUGCCCGAGUAUCCGGCCCCCGAGAUACUUCUUGAUCAGAACCGAUCCGGAGCGGCUGAUUGGUGGACACUGGGCAUUUUCCUCUAUGAGAUGUUGACCGGGCUACCGCCAUUCUUUGACGAAGACACCAUCGAGAUACGUCGCAAAAUACUCAGCUCUGAACCAGUUCAAUUCCCAGACAACCUCGACCCGGAUGCUAAGGAUAUCAUCACGAGGCUUCUCGACCGCGAGCCUAAUUCUCGCCUGGGAGCCAAAGGGGGAGCAUCAGAAGUCAAAGUGCACCCUUUUUUUGCCAAUGUCGACUGGGAUAGCCUCAAACAGCGGAAGUAUAGGAGCCAGAACCCGAAAGCAAUCUGGAUAAGGAUCUUGGCCUUGGAGAUGACGCUGCUAUGGCGCCAGACUCCAGUCAAGCAGCUUCUGUUUCACAGGCGGAGAUUGAUACGGACGACGGCUGGGAGCUCGUAUGGGAAGCUGACGCUAAUGCUCCGGAGAAGCUCUACUUCCGGCAUCAAUCAACAGGGGAGAAGAAACCGAUCCCCAUUCGAGCUGCUGGCCCGUCACACGAACUGA